AUGAGCGGCGAUAAGAUGGAGGUUGAGCUCGCCGAGCAGAGCCUCAAGACCAUGGAGCACAGCGAACAGCACUACUUCAAGAGCUACGAUCACCAUGGCAUCCACGAGGAGAUGCUGAAGGACGAAGUGCGCACCCGAUCCUACAUGAACUCCAUUAUGCAGAACAAGCACCUUUUUAAGGACAAGGUUGUUCUUGAUGUCGGCUGUGGUACCGCCAUUCUCUCCAUGUUCGCCGCCAAGGCUGGCGCCAAGCAUGUGAUUGGUGUCGACAUGUCGACCAUCAUCUUCAAGGCCCGUGAGAUUGUCGAGGCCAACGGCCUGUCCGACAAGAUCACUCUCAUCCAGGGUAAGAUGGAGGAGAUUAAGCUGCCCUUCCCCAAGGUGGACAUUAUCAUCUCCGAGUGGAUGGGCUACUUCCUCCUCUACGAAUCCAUGCUGGACACUGUCUUGUACGCCCGCGACACCUACCUCGAGAAGGACGGCCUCAUCUUCCCCGACAAGGCCACCAUUUUCUUUGCGGGUAUCGAGGAUGGCGAUUACAAGGAGGAGAAGAUUGGAUUCUGGGACAAUGUCUACGGCUUCGAUUACACUGCCAUGAAGAAGACGGCCCUCUCCGAACCCCUCGUUGACACUGUCGAUAUCAAGACCGUCGUCACCGACCCCACCCCCGUCCUCACCCUGGACCUGUACACCUGCACCGUCGCCGAUCUCGCCUUUGAGACGGCCUUUAACCUGAGCGUCAAGCGUGACGACUUUAUCCACGCCCUCGUCUCGUGGUUCGACAUUGACUUUACCGCCUGCCACAAGCCCAUCCGCUUCUCCACCGGCCCGCACACAAAGUACACCCACUGGAAGCAAACCGUCUUCUACCUCAAGGACGUCCUCACCGCCCAGGAGGGCGAGGAGAUCCAGUGCAACCUCAAGGUCAAGCCCAACGAGAAGAACCGCCGCGACCUCGACAUUGACCUCGCCUACAACUUCCAGAGCAGCGACAGCAACCGCUCCGCCCAAGCUCUGUGCGACUACCGCAUGAGCUGA